CUGAACGCGAGGGCGAGCGGGGCGGAGGGGCGGAGGGGCGGAGGGGCGGCCUAGGCCUCCGCCCCCAGAGGUCAGCUCGCUGCUAGUCCUUGCGCCGAGGAUAACCUCGUUAGGUCUUAUCGCUGUCGCCGCCUUUGUCUCUGCAGCAUGGCUUUCGUAACCCGGCAGUUCGUGCGCUCUGUGUCCUCCUCGUCCACUGCCUCGGCCUCGGCGAAGAAAAUCAUCGUCAAGCACGUGACGGUUAUCGGCGGCGGGCUGAUGGGCGCCGGCAUCGCCCAGGUUGCUGGAACAACUGGCCACACAGUAGUGUUGGUGGACCAGACAGAGGACAUACUGGCAAAAUCUAAAAAGGGGAUUGAGGAAAGCCUUAGGAAAGUGGCCAAGAAGAAGUUUGCAGAAAACCCCAAGGCGGGUGAUGAAUUUGUGGAGAAGACCCUGAGCAGCAUAUCAACCAGCACGGAUGCAGCGUCUGUAGUCCACAGCACAGACCUGGUGGUGGAGGCCAUCGUGGAGAAUCUGAAGGUGAAGAGUGAGCUCUUCAAGAGGCUGGACAAGUUUGCCUCUGAACACACGAUCUUUGCCAGCAACACUUCCUCUCUGCAGAUCACAAACAUAGCCAACGCCACCAUGAGACAGGACCGAUUCGCCGGGCUCCACUUCUUCAACCCGGUGCCCUUGAUGAAGCUGGUGGAGGUCAUUAAAACACCAAUGACCAGCCAAAAGACUUAUGAAUCUCUGAUAGACUUCACCAAAGCCCUGGGAAAGCAUCCUGUUUCUUGUAAGGACACCCCGGGGUUUAUUGUGAACCGUCUCCUGGUGCCAUACCUCAUGGAAGCGGUCAGGCUGUACGAACGAGGUGAUUCAUCCAAGGAGGACAUCGACACUGCUAUGAAGCUGGGAGCUGGGUACCCCAUGGGCCCAUUUGAGCUUCUCGAUUACGUGGGGCUGGAUACUGUGAAGUUCAUCAUGGACGGGUGGUAUGAAAUGGAUGCAAAGAACCCCUUGUUUCAGCCCAUCCCAUCCUUGAAUGAGCUGGUAGCAGAGAACAAGCUGGGCAAGAAGACUGGAGAAGGCUAUUACAAGUACAAGUGAGGCCCGGCUUCUCUGGCUCCGGGAGGAACCCGUCAGCACGUACGAGCAGCUCCGCCAAGUGCCACGGGAACGUUCUGUGGUCACACGUUCCCUCUCGCAGCACAGUCUGUUCGCUGCGCGUUUUGAUUGUGACCUGUCUGAAGUAAUUAUUUACACUAGUUAUCGUAAUGGCAGAUUCUUCCACUGAGAGCUAAUUUCCCUUUUUCAGGCUGUUCAUUUCUGUGUAUUCUCUAGAAAGCUUUACACCCUUGGUGCCUUGGAGCAAACAUGUCUUCUGAACCUUACCUUUUCUUAAAGAAUUGCCUGGGUCCGUCCCCUUGGGAAGGGGCACUGGCUCGGCGCGCCGCUCUGCUCGCCGUUGGCUCCCGCGAGCGUGGCGAGCCGUCGGACACGUCGGGGCGCGUCUGGGAGGUGCUGCGUGAGCGGCCCCCGCGUCCUGCCUUGCCGAGAACAGCUGCUCCCUGCAGCUUCGAGCCUUAGCCUGCACGUGGGCCGUGACCCGAGACGUCGUGUCGUCACUCAGCUCCGGCUGCCGGUGGGCCUGCCUCCGUGUGCUUGGUUUGCGGAAAGAGCUUCCAUUCACAUCCAGAAUCUCAGUGAUGACUGUCCGUGUGUCUGUCUCUUUUUUUGCCCGUGAGAAAUCAUUGCUGCAGACUGCCUGUAAAUUGAUUCUAAUAAAAUGCAAUCUUUUAAUCUGUGAAAAUUUGAA